GACCCUUUCUCUUUUCCUUCUCUCCUCUAACCUCGACCACCUUCUUCUGACGAUCUCCUUCAUUUUGCAAUUUGCAUUCUCCCUUCUCUCCCUCCAUCUUUCUCUCUCCUCCGUACUCUCCACCAUUAACGGCUGCUCCACCUCUUCUCUUUCUCUCUCCUCCAUCAAUGACUGUAAUGACUCCUGCUCCCAUCGACCAAGAAGAUGAGGAGAUGCUUGUCCCGCAUUCUGACAUAGCUGCUGACAAUCACCAGCCUAUGGAAGUCGUUGCGCAAGCCGAGCCUGCUACUAAUCCUGAGAAUCAACCGGCAGAGGAUCCUCCAUCCUCCAGGUUUACAUGGAAGAUUGAGAAUUUCUCCCGUUUAAAUUCCAAGAAGCACUAUUCAGAUGUGUUUGUCGUUGGUGGUUACAAAUGGCGAGUAUUAAUUUUCCCUAAAGGGAACAAUGUGGACUACUUGUCUAUGUAUCUUGACGUUGCUGAUUCUCCUAGUUUGCCCUAUGGGUGGAGUAGGUAUGCACAGUUCAGCUUAGGUGUGGUCAAUCAAAUUCAUAACAAGUAUACCGUGAGAAAAGAUACACAACACCAGUUCAAUGCCCGGGAAAGUGAUUGGGGGUUUACGUCUUUUAUGCCUUUAAGUGAGUUAUAUGACCCCACCAGAGGAUAUCUUGUAAAUGAUACUGUUCUGGUGGAGGCUGAGGUUGCUGUUCGUAAGAUUGUAGACUAUUGGUCUUACGAUUCGAAAAAAGAGACGGGGUUUGUUGGACUUAAGAAUCAGGGAGCUACAUGCUACAUGAAUUCUCUGCUUCAGACACUUUAUCACAUUCCUUAUUUCAGAAAGGCUGUGUAUCAUAUGCCUACAACUGAAAAUGAUAUGCCAUCUGCAAGCAUUCCUCUGGCUCUUCAGAGUUUAUUUUACAAGCUCCAAUACAGCGAUAGCAGUGUUGCAACUAAGGAAUUGACCAAAUCUUUUGGAUGGGAUACUUAUGAUUCUUUCAUGCAGCAUGAUGUCCAGGAGUUAAAUAGAGUUCUAUGUGAAAAGCUGGAAGACAAAAUGAAGGGUACUGUUGUUGAGGGCACUAUUCAGCAAUUGUUUGAAGGGCAUCACAUGAACUAUAUUGAAUGUGCAAAUGUUGAUUACAAAUCUACAAGAAAGGAGUCCUUUUAUGACCUUCAGCUCGAUGUCAAAGGUUGUCGUGAUGUUUAUGCUUCUUUUGAUAAGUAUGUGGAAGUUGAGCGAUUGGAGGGUGAUAACAAGUAUCAUGCUGAGCAGUAUGGUUUACAGGAUGCUAGGAAGGGUGUCUUGUUUAUUGAUUUUCCCCCAGUUCUUCAACUGCAGCUCAAACGAUUUGAAUAUGAUUUUAUGCGUGAUACAAUGGUGAAGAUAAAUGAUCGCUAUGAAUUUCCUCUUCAACUUGAUCUCGAUCGCGAGAAUGGGAAAUAUUUAUCUCCUGAUGCUGAUAAAAGUGUCCGUAACCUAUACACACUCCACAGUGUUUUGGUUCACAGUGGUGGGGUGCAUGGUGGACAUUAUUAUGCCUUUAUAAGGCCUUCUCUUACUGAUCAGUGGUACAAAUUUGACGAUGAGCGGGUUACUAAGGAAGAUUUGAAGAGAGCUUUGGAGGAGCAGUAUGGUGGUGAAGAGGAGUUACCACAGACAAAUCCUGGUUUCAAUAACACUCCAUUCAAGUUCACAAAAUAUUCAAAUGCAUAUAUGCUUGUUUAUAUACGUGAAAGUGACAAAGAGAAGAUUAUGUGUAACGUGGAUGAGAAGGACAUUGCUGAACAUCUUAGGGAACGCUUGAAGAGAGAACAGGAAGAAAAAGAACAUAAGAAAAAGGAGAAGGCAGAGGCGCACCUUUAUACCAUCAUAAAGGUUGCACGAGAUGAUGACUUGACCGAGCAAAUAGGGAAGGAUAUCUAUUUCGAUCUUGUAGACCAUGACAAAGUUAAAUCUUUUCGUAUUCAGAAGCAGGUGCCAUUUAAUGUUUUCAAGGAGGAGGUUGCUAAAGAAUUUGGCAUCCCAGUACAAUUUCAGCGGUUUUGGCUGUGGGCUAAGCGCCAAAAUCAUACAUAUCGACCAAAUCGACCAUUGACACCUUUGGAAGAAACCCAAUCUGUUGGACAGCUAAGGGAAGUAUCUAAUAAGGUUCAUAAUGCAGAACUUAAAUUGUUCUUGGAAAUAGAGCUUGGAAUAGAUUUACGACCUCUUCCACCUCCUGACAAGACAAAGGAUGAGAUUCUAUUGUUCUUUAAGCAUUAUGAUCCUGAGAAAGAAGAGAUGCGUUACGUAGGAAGACUAUUUGUUAAUGCCACUGGAAAACCUGGAGAGAUUUUAGGAAAGCUGAAGGAAUUGGCUGGCUAUGCUGCUGAUGAAGAAAUUGAAUUAUAUGAGGAAAUCAAGUUUGAACCAACUGUUAUGUGCGAACAUAUUGACCGAAAUCUCACUUUUCGUGGUAGCCAGCUUGAAGAUGGGGAUAUAGUCUGUUUCCAAAAAUCCCUUCCAGCUGAAGCCGCAGAAAAAUGCCGUUAUCCAGAUGUUCCCUCGUUCUUAGACUAUGUUCACAAUCGGCAAGUUGUUCAUUUCAGAUCUCUGGAGAGACCCAAAGAAGAUGAUUUUUGUCUGGAGUUGUCAAGACAUCAUACAUAUGAUGAUGUAGUAGAACGAGUGGCUCGUCAGCUUGGUUUGGACGAUCCAUCCAAAUUAAGGCUGACAUCUCACAACUGUUAUUCUCAGCAACCAAAGCCCCAACCUAUUAAAUACCGGGGCGUGGAUCAUUUGUCGGACAUGCUGGUCCACUACAACCAGACUUCUGACAUACUGUACUAUGAAGUUCUGGACAUACCUUUGCCAGAAUUACAAGGCUUGAAAACUUUAAAAGUUGCUUUCCAUCAUGCGACAAAAGAUGAAGUAACCAUUCACACUAUUAGACUGCCUAAACAGAGUACAGUGGGGGAUGUUCUUAAUGAUCUGAAGACAAAGGUUGAAUUGUCACAUCCUGAUGCUGAGCUGAGGCUGCUUGAAGUAUUUUAUCACAAGAUCUAUAAGAUUUUCCCUCCUAAUGAAAAAAUUGAGAAUAUAAAUGAUCAGUACUGGACUUUACGAGCAGAAGAGAUUCCUGAAGAAGAGAAGAACCUGGGUCCUCAUGAUCGACUAAUUCAUGUGUACCAUUUCACUAAAGAGACAGCGCAGAACCAAAUGCAAAUACAGAACUUUGGUGAGCCUUUUUUCUUGGUGAUUCAUGAAGGAGAAACUUUGUCUGAAGUCAAGGUGAGAAUACAAAAGAAAUUGCAAGUUCCAGAUGAAGAAUUUUCUAAGUGGAAGUUCGCAUUUCUUUCAUUAGGGCGUCCAGAAUAUCUCCAGGACACUGAUGUUGUGUCCAGUCGUUUUCAGAGAAGAGAUGUUUAUGGUGCGUGGGAACAGUACCUUGGAUUAGAACAUGCUGACACAGCUCCUAAAAGAACUUACACAGCAAAUCAGAACCGUCAUACAUUCGAGAAGCCUGUAAAAAUCUACAAUUAGGGUGAUUUUGGGAUAUAAUUCUAUUUGCAUGGGCAGACUCUGGCAUCCUUGAGGGGUACUCCAUUGCUGUGUUAGUAGUCGUCAUGGUUCAUUGGUCCAGAGCAAACCAGCACCUAGCAUAUCAGAUGCCCUGGUCAGUACGGGUGUCGGCAAGGAUUUAGAAUGGAUUUUGUUAGCUGUAUAAUUCUUUCUUGUAGUGUGUAUGUGGAAGAUCUUUUUCUGAUGCCGGUAUUUGAUUUUUCUUGUCGACCACAAGUCUGCAACCCUCGUCAAGCUUUUCAAGUCUUCCAUUUUCACUUAUGGAGUUGGUUUCAAUGGCUGUAGUGUGUGUUCCUCGGUACCCAGCCACAGUUGUAAGUUUUUUUAAAAAAAAUGGUACAUAGAUGAGAUUUUGGCUUUAGGAAUGUGUACACAGCAUAGUUGGGGUGCCCGCCAUUUUUUUUCGUUUGCUCACCUCUCCUGUUUAUUUAGGCACAUGUCUAGUUUUGGGGGUUUCGGACUGAUAAUUGUUUGUUUGUUAUUUAUGCAGCUCCCCCGCUCUCUAUUUAUUUAUUUUUAUUUUUUACCUGGUCUUUUUCCCUGUAAAAGAAGUUUGUCAAGUACAGGCUUGAUGAGUCUAAAUGAGUAAAGAUUUUAACAGCUUCAUCUAUGUGUAAUGAUAAAACCGGAGUUAGUCGGAACAUUUUGCAGUAUAUUUUCUGGAGAUGUUCCACGCCCAA